GUCCAUAGAAUUUGUUUGGUUUUCUUCCCAAUUUUUUUUCCUUUCUUACCAAACAGUUAAAAAAAUUUCUUUAUCCCUUUUGCUUUUUCUUUCAAAUUCUUUGAAGCAAAACGCCUUAAUAUUUUUCUCAAAAUGUAUAUAUUAACCCCUUAAAAGCACAAAUCUCCUCUAAUUUCAGAGACUGCAAUCAAUUUCAAUAUUUGAUUUCCUAAUGGCAACUCUCCUAAAGCUAUUCCCGCCAUUAAUGCCUUCUUUUCUGAUAACCAAACCUCUCUCCCAACAAAAAUCCCAAAUUCUCAAUCCAAAACCCCAAAUCUCUUCAACAAAAUCUUGUAAUCACAUAGUCAAAAGCACCAGCAAAUUUGGCAGCUUUCUGGACUUGCAACCCACAUCAAAACCAGAACCUUUGGAUCUUGAUCUUUCCUGGUACGAUCCCGACUCGGACCGGCCCCAAUUCGACGUGAUCAUCGCCGGAGCCGGCCCUGCCGGAAUCCGGCUGGCGGAGCAAGUUUCCCGGCAUGGGACUAAGGUAUGUUGUAUCGAUCCUUCGCCGCUUUCCAUGUGGCCCAAUAACUAUGGAGUUUGGGUUGAUGAAUUUGAGAGGCUAGGGUUAGAGGAUUGUCUUGAUAAAACAUGGCCUAUAACUAGUGUUUGCAUCAAUGAUCACAACCACAAGUGCUUGGAUAGAGCUUAUGGGAGAGUGAGUAGGGAAAAGUUGAAAUCAAAGUUGUUGAAUGAAUGCAUAAACCAUAGUGUGAAAUUCUACAAAGCCAAGGUAUGGAAAGUUGAUCAUCAAGAGUUUGAGUCCUAUGUUACAUGUGAUGAUGGUAGGAAGUUAAAGGCAAGUUUAGUAGUUGAUGCAAGUGGAUUUGCUAGUAGAAUCAUAGGGUAUGGUAGGCCAAGAAACCAAGGGUACCAAAUUGCUCAUGGCAUUCUAGCUGAAGUGGAUGAACAUCCAUUUGAUUUGGACAAGAUGGUUUUGAUGGAUUGGAGGGAUUCCCAUUUGGGGAACGAGCCAUAUUUGCACGAAAACAACUCGAGGUUUCCUACUUUCUUGUACGUGAUGCCAUUCGAAUCGAAUCUGGUGUUCUUAGAGGAAACUUCACUUGUUAGCCGUCCAGUUUUGUCGUACAUGGAAGUGAAGAAGAGGAUGGUGGCACGGUUAAGGCAUUUGGGCAUUAAGGUGAGGAGUGUUAUAGAGGACGAGAAAUGCUUGAUCCCCAUGGGGGGUCCUUUACCACUUUUUCCACAAAAAGUAAUAGCAUUCGGAGGGAAUUGUGGAAUUGUUCACCCUUCCACAGGGUACACGGUUGCUAGGACUAUGGAAAUAGCACCAUUCGUGGCAAGGGGCAUAGCCGAGUGCCUUGGCUCAACCAGAAUGAUUAGAGGGGCGCGACUUUAUGAAAGAGUUUGGAAUGAUUUGUGGCCCGUUGAGACGAAACGUGCGAGGGAAUUUUACUCUUUUGGAAUGGAGACGUUGUUGAGGCUUGACUUGAAUGGGACUAGGAGGUUCUUUGAUGCUUUCUUUGACCUCAGCCCUCACUAUUGGCAUGGGUUCCUUUCCUCAAGAUUGUCUCUUGGAGAGCUAGCUAUGUUGAGUUUGUCCCUAUUUGGGCAUGCCUCCAAUUUGUCUAGGUUGGAUAUUGUCACAAAAUGUCCUCUUCCCUUGCUUAGAAUGAUGGCCAAUUUGGCACUUGGAACCAUUUAAUAUCUGGCAAUUUUUCAUAUCAUGUCACAUAAGUAACCUUUAUUUUCACUUUGUAUUCAAUACUCUGCAUUCACAAUGUCAUUGAAUAAAUUAUCUUGAUAUAC